CUGAACCAAAACAACAAUGGCACUUCGCUGUGUAUCUGUUUGUUUAAGCCCGCUAGCUAGCGUCCGUCCUUUCUACAAAUGUUUGUCCUUUAGCGUCCGCUCGUUUGCAGACCACGCAUCGUCCAAAAAAGUAGAUAGCAGCCCUCCAGAGCUUUUGGUUGACCAUGUUCUCUACACUCCGGAACACUUUGCGUUGAAGGAAUCCCUCAAAAAGAUUAUUGACCAGGAGAUCAACCCGUAUGUGGAUCAGUGGGAGGCAGAGGGGAAGUUUCCAGCCCAUAAAAUCUUCAAGAUUCUCGGGAACGCUGGUUUUCUUGGAGUCACCAAGCCAGUUGAAUAUGGCGGAUUGGGACUGGACUACAGCUACAGUGUGGCAGUUUCCGAAGAGCUCGGUCACAUCCGCUGCGGAGGAAUCCCCAUGGCCAUCGGCGUUCAGACGGACAUGACGACCCCCGCGCUGGCCAGGUUCGGUUCAGACGAGCUCAAAAAAGAAUUUCUGCUUCCGAGCGUCCUGGGGGAUAAAGUUGCCUGUCUGGGAGUGAGUGAAGUGGGGGCGGGUUCCGAUGUGUCAAGUAUCAAGACCAAAGCAGUGAGACAAGGGGACGAAUAUGUCAUCAAUGGCGGCAAAAUGUGGACCACCAACGGCACCCAAGCGGACUGGAUGUGUCUCCUCGCCAACACUAGUGACGGACCCCCGCAUCGGAACAAAUCACUUAUUUGUUUGCCUAUGAACCUGCCAGGAGUUCACAUUGCUCGCAAGAUCGACAAACUUGGCAUGUGGUCCUCAGAUACGGCCGAAGUUUUCUUAGAAGAUGUCAGAGUUCCUUGCAAAAACGUCAUCGGUCAGGAAGGCAUGGGCUUUACCUAUCAGAUGCUUCAGUUUCAAGAAGAGAGACUCUGGGCUGUGGCCAAUAUCCUGACCACAAUGGACGUCGUCAUUCAGGAGACCAUCGACUACACUCGGCAGAGGAAGAUUUUCAAUAAUCCCGUCCUCUAUCACCAGGCGGUCCAUUUCAGGUUGGCUGAGCUGCAAACUGAGGUGGAGUUGCUACGUUCCCUCCUCUAUCAAGCCACAGCCUUGUAUAUCAAAGGUAAUGAUGUCACAAAAAUGGCAUCCAUGGCCAAACUAAAAGGGGGGCGCCUGGCCAGGGAACUGAGUGACAGUUGCCUCCAGUACUGGGGAGGAAUGGGAUUCACCAGUGAUGUGCUCGUCAGCAGAUUCUACAGAGACUCCAGGUUAAUGUCCAUCGGCGCAGGAGCUGAUGAGGUCAUGCUCGGAAUUAUCUGCAAAUACAUGGACAUUCUCCCCAAGAAAUAAGGAUUUUCUCAUCAAUCGUCUUGGAAAUGUGAUAUUAUGAAACUAAUUUUGACGAGGAGAACACGCUUAUCACCUAAGUGCUUCAUUUAACAUGUGAAUAAUUAAGUCUACAUUUGUAAAUAUCACCUCAAGACAAAAAUUUGUGUUUCCGGUGUUUGAAAAACAAGACAUUGUCAGUUUUAAUUGAAGGAACCACCUGGUAAAUGUUUAUUGGUUAAAAAGAUCUAUUUACAUUGAAAAUACAUUUCGUAGUCUGAUAUCUCUCAGAGAGAAUUGUGUAACUUAUUUACUCCCAGCGUUAUGAAGAUGACAUUAUAAACUGAUUACAGUACACACUCGUUUCUCAAAUUGUCAACGGUGGAAUUUCUCAUCUCUUCCAUCCAUGUAAAUGUAAUUUUCCUAAAUUAGCUCUGUACAUUAAGGGAUUUAUUAUUCACAGGACAAUAUAACCGUUCGCAAGUCAGCUUUGGGCUUUUUUUUUUUUUUUUUUUAAUGAACUUAAGCCAUUCCGAGGUGUGUGAUGGGACAUUCAGAGUCCAAAAAGAGGUAGCCGUCACCUCAACUUGAUGAACCAGUAGAGUACGAAGAAGACAAAAAGGCAGAAGAGCAACAUGUAGCACAGUAGUUUGGUUUGACUGCCUCUAGAAAGCUUUUUGACUCUGCCGAUGGUGGCGCCGAGAAGACCGCCUGUUGAAUCGAAGUCGCUGUCCUAGUUUGGAAAUUGAACACAAAAAAAAAUCUCAAUCCAAAUAGUAGUUAACGCAGUGAUUGAAAUGCAUUGUUAGUUUGAUAAGAAAUGCAGCUUCCACUGUUUUUUUUCUCCUUAAACUCAAUGCCUUGAUGUCUGAAUUUACAUUCAACAAAUAUACAUCGAAAAUAUUGAGCAAUACACAAGUACAUCAACAUUAGAGGAGUGCGAAAUUUCCUGUUGUUAGAGUAUUCGCGAUUCGGCCGUGGAAUAUUCGAGAACGAUUCACAAACAUCCAAAUUCCGAUUACUGGAAUAUGCCAAGCGGAACUAAAACACAGUCAGCAUGGUCUUCGGGAUGCAAUGAGGACCGGACCGAGAAUAAACAUCAUGCUCAACUCACGCCGCUAGAUAAAAAAACAGUAAUACCGGACUGCGGCCGACAGCCGCUACAAACUACACCCACAUAAUGCUACGGGAGAUAUCACAUGUAUACAGAACUAGAUGCGAAAUGACAGACUCGGGGGCGUUAGUAAACAGCCGCCAUCUUAAAGCAGUAGACUUCUCUGAAAGGCUGUUGUAGCAAACCUACUAUUAACUUUUAAUCUAAAAUACUCCUAUAUUGGCUUGAAUCUAACUUUGACAUGUCAAAAGUAGACAGAAGGGAAAUUAUGGAAUAACGGGAGCAAUUUUAACGGUUGAUUCACAACAAAUUAAUUGAAUGUAGUGUAAAGCUGCUGAUAUAGACUUGGUACUUGAGUAUUUUAUUUACUGUUUUGAACCGUUACCUUGAUACUGAAAUAGUUUAUUCAAACCUGAGAGGAUUUUUGUACAAUUUUAGUAACUACUUUACGAAACAUUUAAAGCAGCUAAUAGCUGGGGGUGGGGGGAUUAAUAAUCGCUUUAUAAUCGAAUCGUAGCCUCUGAAACGUAAUUGAAUCGUUAGGUGCCCCAAGAUUCCCACCUUUAAUCAACAUAGUAACAAAUAUACUAACAAUAAAAUGAACAAUACAACAACAACAAAACGGGAAGUUUUAAAACAAUAAAUACAAGAAAUAGCUUUAAAAAUUAAAUAUAAAAUACAAAACUAAAGUAAUAGUAUGUAAAAAUAAAAUUGUUCGCCGUUUUUUUUAAACGUCGUCAGGCGGAGUUGCGGUAUGAAGGAAGGAGUAGGUGGAAGGUUGCGGUCGUGUGCAGAUGAGCGAAGUAUUGCUCGUGUCGCGUUCAAGAACUGCUCGGAUUUCUAGCCAUCAGCCACCUUAUCCAUAUGUGAUGACCGUCAACCCUCCCCUCUGUGUUUUAUUCCAAUGUUUUUUUUUUCCAACACAUUCUCGAGGACAGCAACCGUCAAUCCUCCCCUCUGUUUUAUUCCAACACAUUCUCGAGGACAGCAAGGUGGCUGAUGGCUAGAAAUCCUAGCAGUUCUUGAAUGCGACACGAGCAGCUAUCCAACAGCGCCAUGGUGCCAAGCAAGUUUAUCGUCAUCUCCAAACGAACUUCCGUCGCUUCAAAACAAGUUGAUGGACUAUUUUGUUUGACUAUUUGAAAACAGAGAAACAGGCAUUUUUUUUUUUUU